AUGUCUAAAUUCAUCGUCUCCAGCGAGGUGGCAGAGCUGCUCCCGCGCAUGCAGGUGGUGGUUGUCAUCGCCAAGGGCCUCGUCAACAGCGGUGAAAAUCCCAACACCGCUGCCCACGUCCAGAGCGUGGUCGACAAGACGGUCGAGUACUUUACCGCAAACAAGCUAGCCAACGCCCAAUCACACCCCCGCAUCGCCCUCUACCGCAACGAGCUCAAGAACGCCGCCAAUGUCUCGUCCAAGAAGUAUCCCCAGUCCAACGAGAGCCUGUUGAAGCGCGUCCUCAAGGAGAAGAAGGCCCCGCGACCCAUCUCCCCCGCCGUAGACUUCUACAACAGCGUCAGCAUCGAGCACCUUGUCACCGCUGGCGCCUUUGACCUCCACGAGCUCAAGGCCAAGUCGGACCCCCUCGAGCUGCGAGUCGCCAAGGUCGACGCCGACACCUUCGUGCCUCUCGACGCUCCCGACGCCCCGCCUGCAAAGGUUGAUGCCAAGGAGAUCUUGUAUGCGCAGGGACCCACCGUCCUGACGAGACAUCUGGCUUGGAGGCAGAGUGCUCAGGCCCUGGUCACGGCCGAGAGCAAGGAAGUCAUGUUUAUGAGCGAGGUGUUCAACGACGGCGAGGUUGGCAGUGAACCGUCCGAGCUGGCCAAGUCCGUUGCCAACAGCUUGCAGGAGGGCCUGAAGCAGCUGUUCGACGUGGACAGCAGCGUCGAGUACUUGGGCAAAAGCCUCGGGAAGCUCGAGACCGACUUGUAG